AUGAUGCUCCUUCCAGUGCUUCGACCGGUCUCGAAAUCGGCCGGGCGGCUGCUUCUGGCAGGUGGCCGUGAGCUCGAGCAGCUCGGCACGCCAGACCAUGGGGUCUCGCUAGAGGCUCCUGCCACUGCUGUUUAUCAACCGCAGCCGCAGCUCUAUGCCCCGAUGCAUGGCGAGCUGUCUUCGAGGCAGAUGCAUGCCCUCGCACAGCCGAGUUGGGGCGGUCGGUGGCCAGUAGCGGUGGAAAACGUUCUGGCGCAGAGAUCUGGUAAUUCGCACAGUUCCAACCAGGAGCAGGUGCAAGCACAGGCUUUGCAGGAGCAACAGCCGGUCUCCAGCCAGGAUGGACAAUCGUCGGAGACAGGUGUCCAGUGCAUGUGGCAACUAGAUGCCCGUGCUGUUUUUCCACCUGGCGCCUGUGUAUGGCCUGCAAUUUUCAUGACCGGCGAUGGCUGCUUCACAGGUUUUCCCGUGGGAAGCGUAGCUGCGUCGCAGGAUGUCACACAGCAGGCCCAGCAGACAGGAGCAGCCCAGCCGUCCGGCGACGCAGCGAAUGUUGCGCAGCCAGCUCAGGUGAAUGAGGCGACCUCGAACGGCUCCACAUCACCUCGAAAUGGCAUCAGCCGCACGAUCCGCACGUCUGCCAGCCGGAAGCAGCGACGCCGUUUGAAAGCAGCGAACGCAGCAAACGUGGAAUCGGCAACGAGCCCUGCUGCGGAUGAACAGCUAGAGAGGACGCCAGCACUUCCUGGUCUUGUUAGCGGGCCCCGUGGUGGCGAGGUGCCGACUCUCCCAGCUAAAGGCCCUGAGCCUCUUCCGUCCGAGGAGACGGUUGAGGCGACGCCGCGGAGUCCUUCUGAAGGUCCUGGUCAGCUCUGGCCACCGACGCCAGAGUCCACACCACCGUGCUCGCCGCGAGAGUUCGGAAGCUUUUGUGCCUUCCCAGGCAUUUGGCACGUAGAGAUCCCGAGCAUGGUCUUGCCGGAGCCGGUGGCUUUGCCAGAGAUGUCAUCCGUGCUCACGGAGGAAGUGCUCGUACCGGAUGCAGAAUCACAGGCUUGCGAGAAGAUGAUCGCUCAACUGGACGAAGAUUCCAGUAGAGCCGAGGUGAUGGACUUGCUGUGGAGUUCAACUUGGUCAAUGGCCUGCACUCCCGGCGGCACUCGUGUCGUCCAGAAGGCGUUGGAGGUUGCCGACACGACGGAGCGCAUCUCUCUGGCAGAGCAGCUGCAGGGGCAUGUCAAGGAAGCUUUUGCAUCACCCCACGCUAAUCAUGUCCUUCAGAAAUGCAUCGAGCUCAUUCCUCCAGACCGCCUUCACUUCGUCCUGUCCGAGAUGCUCGGGCACGCAGUUGCUGCAGCACGUCACCGCUAUGGUUGCCGAGUACUCGAGCGUCUCCUGGAGCAUUGCCCUACUGAGCAGACAGCUCCACUUGUCGAGGAGGUGCUUGCGGGUGCUCCACAGCUUUGCCGCCACACCUUCGGAAACUUCGUCGUGCAGCACGUGCUCGAGCAUGGGACGGCUUCCCAGAAGCGCCAGGUGGUGGAUGUCAUUCACGCCGAUAUCCAGCGCCUAGCACGCCACCGGGUUGCCAGUCACGUCGUGCGCUGUGCACUGAAGCACGGCGCGCCGGAAGACAGGCAGAAGCUGGUGCAGGCCAUUCGGAAAGACCCAGCAGAUCUGGCAGACUUAGCUCACCACCACUGUGGGAGCUUCGUUGUGCGAGAAAUGCGCCGCGCCGAUGGCUUGCACCGCUGA